AUGUGGUUUCAUGGGCUAGCCUACUGCUACUACAAGGGUCUAGUCGAGCGUGGCCUCUUCCCUCUCAAAGAAGAGGCGCAGUUGACCAAUGGAUACUUGGACACGAUCAUAAACUGGAUUCCGUCGAUGCCCAAGGACCUGCGGCUGCGUGACCUCCAAAGCUUCGUGCGCACCACGGACCCCGAUGACAUCAUGUUCAACUUCUUCAUCCACGAGACGACCGCCAUGUCGCAGGCAUCGGCGGUGAUCAUCAACACCUUUGAUGAGCUCGACGCACCCUUGCUUGAUGCCAUGUCUAAGUUCCUACCGCCCAUCUACACGGUGGGGCCACUCCAUCUGACAGUUCGCAACAACGUGCCCGAGGAUAGCCCUCUCCUUGGCAUCGGCUCCAAUCUUUGA